CGCGGCCAGAGAGCUGCCCGGGGGACCAGGUUUCAGGAGGCGGGGCCGGAACGUCAAGGCAGUGCCCGAGGCUCAGCGGCCCAGAACAGAAAUCAGGGCGGGUCCAGCAACCUGAGGCAGCGGCGGGGCCCGAUGGUGAGACCUGGCCUAAGAACCCCCAGUGGGGAGUGAGUGUCCGGGCCAGCCGAUCCUCCGAGUGGGCCAGCAAGGAUUACAGGAACCGGUGGCUUCGUUUCCGAAGGUCCUUGACUCCGCAGUGAGUGCUCCCUCUUCAGCCAGAAGGACAAGAAGAUCCCAGCGGCACUUCCUCAGGUUCUCCAGCAGGCCUUGGUGGCCCAGCAUGGCCCACUGAGGUCAACCAUGACUGGCUGGCAGACACGUGCCACUGACCACCCAAAGUCACAACUCACCAGGAGGUGACCCCUCCCUCCUGCGGUCACCACUCGCCCGCCCCGCCCCACCCAGGAAAGUGCCUGCGCCGUCAGGGACACCAUGUAGUAGGGCCGGCUGCGGCAUCCAAUGAGCUGCGAUGGUUUUGUACACGACCCCCUUUCCCAACAGCUGUCUGUCUGCCCUGCACGCUGUGUCCUGGGCCCUCAUCUUCCCAUGCUACUGGCUGGCGGACCGGCUCCUGGCCUCCUUCAUACCCACCACCUACGAGAAGCGCCAGCGGGCAGACGACCCGUGCUACCUCCAGCUGCUCUGCACCCUGCUCUUCACCCCUGUCUACCUGGCCCUCCUGGUUGCCUCACUGCCCUUUGCAUUCCUUGGGUUCCUCCUCUGGUCACCCCUGCAGUCUGCCCGCCGGCCCUACAUCUACUCCCGGCUGGAGGACAAGGGCUCGGCCGGAGGGGUGGCCCUGCUCAAUGAAUGGAAGGGCACAGGUCCUGGCAAAAGCUUCUGCUUCGCCACCGCCAACCUCUGCCUCCUCCCCGACUCACUGGCCAGGCUCAACAAUGUUUUCAACACCCAAGCCCGGGCCAAAGAGAUCGGGCAGAGAAUCCGCAAUGGGGCCAGUAGGCCUCAGAUCAAAAUCUACAUCGACUCACCCACCAACACCUCCAUUAGUGCGGCCAGCUUCAGCAGUCUGGUGUCACCACAGGGCAGUGAUGGCGUGGCACGGGGUGUCCCUGGGAGCAUUAAGAGGACUGCCUCUGUGGAGUACAAGGGUGACAGCGGGCGUCACGCCAGCGAUGAGGCUGCCAACGGCCUAGCCUCUGGGGACCCAGCAGACGGCGGCUGCCUUGAAGAUGCCUGCAUUGUGCGCAUCAGUGGCGACGAAGGAGGCCGGCCCCCAGAAGCCAUCGACCCCCCUGCUGGGGGCCAGGCCAGGAACGGGGCCAGCGGGGGCCCACGAGGCCAGACACCCAACCACAGUCAGCAGGAUGGGGACUCGGGGAGCCUGGGCAGCCCCUCCGCCUCCAGGGAGUCCCUGGUGAAGGCACGGGCCGGGGCCGACGGCGGCAGCGGGGAGCCGGGCGCCAACAACAAGCUCCCAUACAAGGCCUCGGUGGUGAAGAAGGCAGCCGCGCGCAGGAGGCGGCACCCAGACGAGGCCUUUGACCAUGAGGUCUCAGCCUUCUUUCCCGCCAACCUGGACUUCCUGUGCCUGCAGGAGGUGUUUGACAAGCGGGCGGCUGCCAAGUUGAAAGAGCAGCUGCACGGCUAUUUCGAAUACAUCCUCUAUGAUGUCGGGGUCUAUGGCUGCCACGGCUGCUGCAGCUUCAAGUGUCUCAACAGUGGCCUCUUCUUUGCCAGCCGCUACCCCAUCAUGGACGUGGCCUAUCACUGUUACCCCAACGGGCGCUUGUCCGACAGCCUGGCCUCGAAGGGAGCGCUGUAUCUCAAGGUGCAGGUGGGAAGCACACCUCAGGACCAAAGAAUUGUCGGGUACAUCUCCUGCACACACCUGCAUGCCCUGCCAGAGGACAGUGACAUUCGGUGUGAGCAGCUGAACAUGCUUCAGGACUGGCUGGCUGAUUUCCGAAAAUCUACCUCCUCGUCCAGCACAGCCAACCCCGAGGAGCUGGUGGCAUUUGACAUCAUCUGCGGAGAUUUUAACUUUGACAACUGCUCCUCCGAUGAUAAGCUGGAGCAACAGCACUCCCUGUUUACACGCUACAAGGACCCUUGCCGCCUCGGGCCGGGGGAGGAGAAGCCAUGGGCUAUCGGUACCCUUUUGGACAAGGAUGGUCUCUACGAUGAGGAAGUGUGCACCCCUGACAAUCUGCAAAAGGUCUUGGAGAGCGAGGAAGGUCGCCGGGAGUACCUCGCCUUCCCCACCAGCAAGAGCCCUGGGGGUGGCCAGAAAGGACGCAAGGACCUGCUGAAGGGCAACGGCAGGCGCAUCGACUACAUGCUUCACGGGGAGGAGGGGCUGUGCCCAGACUGGAAAGCUGAGGUGGAAGAAUUCAGCUUCAUCACCCAGCUGUCGGGCCUGACUGACCACCUCCCAGUGGCCAUGCGGCUGAUGGUGUCUGCAGGGGAGGACGAGGCGUAGACUGGCCAAGUCAUCACAAGCAGCAGGGCCUCCGCCAGCCCUUUGAGCCGCAGUCCCUCCCUAGCCAUGUCCCCUCCAGCAGGCACCACCGGUGCUGGGGGAGGAGGGCAGGAGCCUGGGAGGGCCACGGCCAGUCCUGGGUGAGCUGGGACCAGCGCUGCCCAGCACCUCUGGGCACUCACUUUGGACAGCAGUCAGGCGGGCCUGGGGAGUCCCGGCUGCCCAACCAGUGCCAUUCUUUCAAACCGUGAUUUUCUACAAAUUUACAGCACAACAUAGUUUGUAACCCGUGGGUUAGUAUGAGAAUCGGGUUUCUGUACUCUUUGUAAUUUCUUCUCAAGCUUUGUCCAGGGUUCAUUAUUUUUGUCUGCUGCCAUGUUGUCUCGCAUGCCUGCACCCUCGCAUGCACGCUGCCCGCAUGUCACAUGCCAUACCGUAGCCACAGACCCCUCCCUCGGGCCUCACCCAAGGCCAAACUCCAAACGUAAUCAGAACCAGCCAAAGACGCAUUCCUGGACACAGGGCCACCAGCUCGCCGCCUCCAGCCUGGACAGCCCACAAGCCGGGACCUUGAGGGCUGUGUCCAGUUACCAGCGAGCCUGGGCUCUUCCCCAGGGUCUUGCAUUCAAGGGCGAUUACAUUUUAAAAAGAAAAACAGAAAAAGUUAAGAACAAAAACAACCCUUCACUUUAGAGGGUCUAUAAGCCACGAGGGAGAACGCUGCUCUUUCUGAGACAGGCUCCCUUUCCCCAGCACAGCAGAGCCUGGAGCCUCCCUCCGAGACUCCAAAGUGGUCGGUGGAGUCAGAGACAGGAAUCUAAGGAGAAAGCAUCACGUUUUUUUACAGGAAGAAGGGAAAUGGUUUUGAAAAUGAAAGAUUUGUAGCUUCUCUUCCGUCAAAACCAACACCUCCUCUUUCUGCCUGACCCCGUCUCCCCUUCGGACAUCUCUCUGGUUCAGGACCAAUCCUCUCCUGGGGACUGUCCCCAUCCACGUGCUGGCUGAGCUCAGGAACCGUCCACCUGCCUCUUGGUGGGGCUGUGGCUCUGUCCUCCCAGGCCUAACCUCAACAGCGACAAGGGGGCCCUGGAUGAAGGGGCUGGAAGCCAAGGUGCAGAGCACCCUGUCCCCUCACCAGCGCGCAGGCUUGGGGUGGCAAAGCCAACAGCCACCACUCGCCCUGGGUAGGGAGUGGUACUGGUUGGCGUCCAGGCACAGAUAUCCACUCUGCCACCAUGUGAACAGGGCCAGCCCUGGGCACCCACGCACAGCGUGGCAGAGCCUGCAGGUGAAGCCCGCAACUCCCCGUCCCACAGCAGCAGUCUCUGCCACCUGCCUUUUUAAACAUACCUGGGGACGCUCCCCUCCCCUGCCCCCAUGGUCAUGCAGGGAGGGUUUUAUCUGUUUCCAAGCAUGAGGCCCGUCCAACCCCAGGGCAAUUCUGGACAACUUCCACUGGUCUGCCCUCAUCACUGCGCCCCCAUCAACAUGCCCACCCGGCUUGAAGCCAGUUCUGCCCAAUGAGGCUGAGGGAGCACCAGGACCCUGCUGUCAGGAGCCUCCUAGUGCCAGUAGGCUGACACUGUGCCUUGCCACUCACCGAGCUGCAAGAGACCAAGAGGGGCCAAGGCCAGAGGCCAGGCCCCACGCUGGGGGAGGACACUGCUGAGAGCCAGUGUUCAGGCAGCACUGGUUUGCCUGAACCUCCCUGGCUAAGGCAGCAGCUGGGCUGAGGGCCUCACUGCCUGGAGCACUUCCCUGGCCAGGCCCCCAGCCCCACCCCCCAAGCAGAGCCAGAAGGGGAUGCUCACCGCCUAAGGCAUGGUCCUUGCCGAGCUCAUCACUGCACCCCUGCUCUCGGGGCCUCAGCUAAGCUCCAUGGGGUCAGAGGCCCCCACUCCCAAGAGCAGCGAGCAAUCUGCUCACAGGCGGAGCUCAACUGGGCAGGCGUGAGGCCUGAUAUCUGGGCCCGAGCCGAGGUCCUCAGGCUGCAGGCCAGCUGUGUGCCCAGGAGAGCAUUAGAGGCAGAGCCAGGGCCUCUGAAGCAGAGCAACUACAGCACAGCGUCCACCCCUCAGAGAGGAUGCCUCCCUCCCACAGCAGCUGAGUGGGGACCAAGGCACAGGGGCACAUGCUUCUCCCCCUACUCGUGGGGCGGCCUUAGGCAAGUCAUACCUCCCUGUGCCUCGGUCAUUUCCUGUCCUAAUGAGCAGGGCUGCCUGCCUCCUUGAUCCCCUCACACCUCCCUCUGGCACGGCCUCAGCACCGAGGCCACCAUCGCCCAACCACAAGUUUCAUCAAGCCUGUGGACCCCCCCUAGAGCCGGGCACAAGCCAGAUUUUUCCAUUUCAAUUUUUAAAAAGGAAGAAAACAAACAUCUCAGAUAUCUCUGUGGCAUCUAGGCCUGGAAAGGACGGACACAGGGGUCACCCAAAUCCCCGAGGUCCCACACCUGCCCUGGGCCCAGCCUCUUCCAGAGAAGCCAGGAGGCAGGGGUCAGCUUCGGAAGAAAAUGGUCAUUUCAUUUGUCCAAAACACCUUGAGUUUUAAGUAUGAAUAUUAAUCUUGAUGCUUUUUAACUAUUGUAUUAACUUGCUGAGAUUUAGAAAUACUGUUUUAAAAAAGAAAAAAAAUUUUUUAAUUUCUGUAUUUUUUUCUGUAUUAUAUCCUCAUGGGACAUUAGGGGUUUUAUAUGGUAAACACACCUAAGGUUUUGGUAAAAACAUCAUCAAAUAUAUAUCCAGUUGAUUCUUCCCCAGAAGAAAAACAAUCUUUACAUCUGAUAAAAUAUUUUGAAAAGAGAGGUGUUUUUUUGUUUUGUUUUGUUUUGUUCCUUUACUGGUGCUGAAAGGAAGGAUGGAUAACGAGGAAAAAAUAAAACUGUGAGGCUCA